AUGCUGGGCAUCGACGGUUGGGGCGAAGGCAGCGGCGAAUGGUUGACACCGUCGGUCGAGGCGACCCUGCACGAAUGGUCAAGUCUCCUAAUCGAUCAGGACCCGCUAUUAGUCGUGGCACUGACUGAGGACAUUACGAACCGCCUACCGUGGAAGGGUGGUCCCGUAUUUGGCACAGCCAUCGCGGCGAUUAACGCUGCCCUGUACGACAUUGCGGGUAAAGCGUGGGGUGUACCGGUUCACACCAUUCUCGGUGGCAGACGACGUGACCGGAUUCGUGUCUACUGCGGCGGGAAUCUGUUCUCUACGCCAGAGGAAGCGACGGACGCAGCGCGAGAGGUCAAGGCACAGGGAUACGCCGGGGUCAAGAGCAACCCGCUGGAAAGCCGCACAUGGCAGAUGGAUGAAGAAGCCGUUGACCACUCAACAGCGUGUGUAGCCGCGGCUCGUGAGGCGGUGGGAUCGGAUUUUGACAUUCUGCUAGAUGCACACGGUAGCCCAACACCGGAGUUGAGUAUCGAAUUCGCUCGGCGUGUUGCCCCAUUCAAACCGCUGUUUUUGGAGGAACCGGUCAAGGUGGGUUCGCUUGAAGCGUUGAUGGAGGUUACCCGAAAAAGCCCGGUGCCGAUUGCGACCGGCGAAAAACUGUUUACCAUUGGCGAUUUUAAGCCGUUAAUCGACAAUCGGGCGUGUGCUGUCCUGCAGCCGGAUGUAACGCACUGCUUUGGGAUUACCACGUUGGUCGAUAUUGCCAAAUUAGCGGAGGCGGAACAAAUGCUUAUGGCACCGCACAAUGCCGGCGGUCCUCUCUGUUAUGCUGCGACACUCCACGCCGAUGCGGUCAUGAACAACUUUCUCAUUCAGGAAAGCAGCAGCCGACUCUCGCUAUUCGAUCGCUGUGUUGAACACGAUUGGACGAUAAAGGAUGGGCACGUCAACCUCUCAGAUGCACCGGGAUUGGGGAUUUUGGUGAAGGAAUCGGAUCUGGACAACUUGCCGUAUGAGCCAUUGCCCUAUCGACAAUACCGACAUGCCGAUGGCAGUUGGAAAGGGUGGUAA